AGAUCUAUGAGCUCCGGGAAGGAGAGAAGUCAGUCUGCAGAACCUUGACUGCUGUUGCUAGUGUCUCCUUUUACUUAGUGUGACACAUACAUACAUCAUCUCGUCAGUUGCUGCUCUGCACCAGGAGAGUGAAUGUCUGCAGCAGGACAGACUGAAAAGACUGACUGAAAGCUGAAAUCUUUUCUACAGCAUCUUCAAAAUCUUAAACUGGGACCAGGAGGUAUGGAGGCAGAAGCCUGCAAUCCGGGCAUAGCUAUGGAUUCAGGUAAUCCAUUGCUAAGAGCAGUUUCCCUCAGACGUCUGAGGCUCACAAGACUGCUCUUGGAGGGUGGGGCUUACAUCAACGAGAGUGACAGCCAAGGCCAUACACCCCUAAUGGUGGCCUGUAGGACCAAGCAUAAUGACUCCCAGAGUGCCAGUCGGGAUAAGCUGAUCCAAUUUCUUCUGGAGAGAGGAGCAGAUCCCAACAUUCAGGAUAAGGAAGGACGCUCUGCACUGAUGCAUGCCUGCCGGGAGCAGGCAGGUCCUGAAGUGGUGUCGUUGCUCCUGGCUGGUGGAGCCGACAUCAGCUUAGAGGACCAGUCUGGAACAUCGGCGUUGGUCUAUGCUGUCAUGGCUGGAGACUGGAAGACACUGAAACUUUUGCUUGACACAUGCAAGGCAAAGGGGAAAGAGGUGAUCAUCAUUACAACAGACACUUUUCCCAAUGGAAACCUGUCAGCUAAGCAGUACCUCAGCAUGCCUGUCGCUGAUCCUGCUGAUCAGAACGAUCCAAUUACAGCAGCAGCUCCUGCGUCUCCCUCUGAAAUUCAGCUAAUCACCUCCCCUCAGUGCGCUUCGUCGUCUUUAUGCCCUCCAAAACAGGUCUUCUCUUUUAAAGAAGGACAGAUCUGUGGCACAAGCUCCCAUCCGGGUUCCCCAUCUCGGUUUCGAGGGCUCAGACAAGCAGUGCCCAUUGGACUACAGCAACCUCUACAGAGAUUGAACUCGGAGCCUUGGUUAAAGAUCCCAGCAUCUCUGCUUACUGAACAGCGUCAGGCAACUUUUAACCAUACAGAAGAUUUUUCUUUUGGAGUUCCCAACCUGGAGAGGGACAGCAGCAAUAGCCCCGAAGGCUUAAGAUAUUAUGGAAGAAGGUUAGCAAAGGAUAGAAGCAUAGAAAACGGCAAGAAUGACUCUACGGAACACAAAGGACACAAGAGUUCUUCAUCAGGUGUGCUAUCAUCUCACUUUGCCUCCAACCCCAAUCUGCACUAUGAGGUUCAAGGUUCAGACCCUGUGGCCUCCUCUUCAAGCCUUUGUAGGGGCAGCAACCUUGGUACAACCUUUAACAGCAUGGCCUCAACAAGCCUUAACAAUGUCAUCCAGGCACACAAGCUGAGUGCAGACAUCUAUGGCUCUGACCCGCAGCUAGCUGUUGAUAUUCAAAAUCUCUCUGAAGAACAGAGAGACAAAGCCCCAUUAGAUGGUAAGAAGCUGGCCCCACUGCGUUGCUCAACCACAAUAGGCUCCAGAGACUCCCUGAAAGGCCAUAACAAGAGAGUGUUCUCUCUAUAUGAGCGCAGAGGCUCUGGGACAUUCCUGCUGGACCACAACCACCAGGCCAGGCCCAGAUCUCUGCCACCUCUGACCAAAAGCCCCGCCAUCAAUGUUUCCGACAACGGUUCAGGCAAUGGAAACAGCUUCUGUGAAAAAGAGCUGGGUCAGAAGGGUUUCCUCCCCAGUGCUCCACCGGGACACCCUAAGGAACUGACGAGAAGGAUGCUGCUGAGGAGACACUCGAUGCAGACCGAACAGUUCAAAAGCUCUGUCUAAAAAAAAUCCCUGACGGACCAGAGAAUUGUGUUCAGUGUGACGUCUGCUAUCAUGUGAUUUAGUGUCUGCAUUGUAAAGUUUAUUUUAAAAAAAGAAAAAAAGAAACAAAGUACACACAAAUACACCCUUGGUUCUUCAAAACUGACACAGAAAACAGAUGAAAUGAUAUACUGUGAAAAAAGCAUUUUCUCUCUUACACAUAUCUCUUCUUGCUUCUAAGCUUAAAUGUUUCAAAUCAUUGGACAAUUUUUAAUUUCAGACAAAUAUAUCUAGAGCAAAUUGCCAUCCGCCCGUCAAUUGCGUUAGAACCAUUUAUCAGUGCAGGGUGGCAGGAUGGCAGGGUGCCUAUCUCGACCGGUAAUUGGGCAAGAGGCGGUUACGAUGAGUUAUUUUCAAUGAUUAUUUGACUUAUUAAGGUAUAAAUAUACGUGAAACAAUCUUUCACUGUAUGAAAGCAUCGUCACCCUCCAAACCUAAUAAUUUGUAGUCAUCAAGUAUGUGUCAUCACUUUGCAAUGAAUCAAAAUGCUGGACUUGGUGGUGUGUGUGUGAGUCAGAAAAUACGCUGAAGGAAAAGUUCCAGCGAUAGGUACGGGACCUUGAGCUCAAGCUUUCUCGUCUUACAUAGCAGGUCAAUGUCAACUCCAUUGCCAAUAAAAAAAUGCUUGUACAUUGGCCAGGUUUAAGAACCUCCUAAAACUCCAUCUUUACUCCUUCAGUUUCAGUCCCGCUUUGACAUUGAUUGAUUUUCAUAACUGUGAAACUGUUAUCUUUACACUGUUGUCAUAUUUUGAUUCACAUCUCAUUUGAUUUCUUCUCUCUUUCUAUGUUUUUUGGUGCAAUAUAUUUUUAAUUUACUUGUUUCAACUUUGUUGUGCAGCACUUUCAUCCAACAUGAGUGCUUUAUACAUACAAUAGACUGAGUCUGACAAGACAACGAUCCAAAACACAACAGCAAGUCUUCCACCGUGUGCUUUCAAAAAAACAAAAUACACAUCCAAAAGUGGUCUAGUCAAAGUCUGGACUUAAAUAAAAUCCUGCGGCAUGGGGCAGACCUGGGUGACGGUUCCAUGGGAACUUUGCUGCACCCCCAUCUUUUCUGUCUGAACAGUUUCAACGACAGGGCAACUAGCACCACAAAUUCUUAAAAAAAAAAGAUGCUUUGGCAUGACUUUAUACAAUCCAUUCAUACUUGAAAUACAAUCCUCACAUUCAAAAUCCUGCAAUGUACCUGAAUUUAAAUUGUCAGGGUGUCAGAAGCAGCCAUUCAAUUUAUGGGGAGUAUCACACAGGACACUGGUCUGGAGAGCUUUUUUUACAUUUGAAAACUGCUCUUUGUUUCCCUUGGAUCCUUCUUCACAGCUCUGUACCUUAGCGACAUUGGUCCCAGGAUAUGCUGGCUAGUUCAAUUCCUCCCACAUUGAUCCUGUUUGCAUUACUGUAACUUUCAAGUCUGUACUCAAAAGCUUCAACGGUUAGUUCAGACGUUUUGAGGCAAAUAUCACUGGUUAUUUGUAGUUUCCCUACCUGGGUUAGCCUGAGGGCCGCGUCAAUCCAGCAGAUCCACUGUGACUCAUUAGUCCCGUUAAGCUCGGCCAACAAUGGAGUAAACUUUGUAGUCAUUUGAGAACUGUCCCAGUGAACCCACCAUCAGCUGAUGAGACAGAUUAACGCGACAUACUGUAUGGCUGAAUACUAGACCGUUUAGCUUCCCAUUCUCCUGGAAUUUAUUUACUUUAACUGCAAGCACACAGUGACAAGGCAUUGUAAGUGGCUACUCCAUUACUGCUAAUUUCACAGAAUCUCAUUUUAUUUAAAAAUUCCAACUAAACCCUUAAUAUCUAAAAGAAAAUAUUAAACACCAACGUAAACCCUAGAUGAAACUCCGGAUCUCCGAAUCUGUACACCGUUAAUGUCAAGAUUAUCGUCACCAGCUGGCGCAGCAUUGAUGUUAAAGGUAUACUAUGCAACCGUGGUU